AUGUUCCGGAGGCCAACGAUACGAUUACCAGUACAGAAACAACUGUCGAGACAUUUGUCAUCAAGGUCAAUGUUCCAACAACAGGCCAAGUUCACGGAUCAACAGAAGCGAGAGGCUUUUCUUAGAGGUAUUCAACAGGCCAACCAAGCCAGAAAUAAACAGAAAAACAAAAAAGUGCUCACAGUCAGCUUGUAUUCUGCCAGUAUAGUAGUAGCAGCACUUGCUUUAUCUUAUGCUUCGGUCCCACUAUAUCGUGUCAUCUGCCAGAGAACUGGUUGGGGAGGCACUCCUAUUACCAAUUCAGAGAAAUUCACUGCUGACAAGAUGAUUCCAGUCGAGCGGAAAAAGCGAAUCUCGGUUACAUUCUCAUCAGAAGUUUCUGGAGCUGUUCCAUGGACAUUUAAACCUCAGCAAAGAGAAGUCCAGGUGCUGCCUGGUGAAACUGCUCUAGCGUUUUAUAAGGCAAAAAACAUUUCUGAUACAGAUAUAAUUGGCAUGGCAACUUAUAGUGUGGUUCCCGAAAAGGUUGCUCCUUAUUUCAGCAAGAUUCAGUGCUUCUGCUUUGAGGAACAGAUGCUGCGAGCUGGCGAAGAGGUGGACAUGCCAGUCUUCUUCUUUAUUGAUCCUGAUUUCGCCAAAGAUCCGAGCGUCGCUAAGAUUGAUGAUAUUGUUCUGCACUACACAUUCUUCAAGGCUCAAUAUAAUGAAAAUGGCACUUUAUCCCCAGUCGACCAGUCCCAAGAACAGGUUUCAGUGGCUGCUGCUCGUAUUUAA